GACAUGAGCCAUUCCACAGAACUGGCUUUUACCAUAGAGCCCAGUGACCACAUCGCCGUUCAGGAGCAGCCGCUGGUCCUGCCCUGCCAGGUGGAAGGGAUCCAGCCGAUCAGCAUCACGUGGCGGAGGAACGGGGCCACGUUAGAGGACAGUGAGGACGCCUUCACCCUCGCCAAUGGCUCGCUGUACUUUUCCCACUUCCAGAAACUCAGGGGUGACGGGUCUUCCGACGAAGGGGAGUACGAAUGCACGGCACGGAACCGCUUUGGGUUGGUGGUGAGCCGAAAGGCUCGGAUUCAGGCGGCCACUAUGUCCAACUUCCACGUCCAUCCCCAGAGCAUAGUGGUGGAAGAAGGGGGUGUGGCCAGGUUCCAGUGCCAGAUUCAUGGCUUGCCGGAGCCGGUGAUCUCGUGGAAGAUGAAUCAGCUCCCCAUUGAUACAGACAAUGACAGAUUCACGCUGCUCCCCAAAGGGGUCUUGCAGAUUACUGGCCUGCGAGCCGAAGACGCCGGGAUUUUCCGCUGCGUGGCUACCAACAUUGCCAGCGUGAAGUUCAGCCGGGAGGCCAGACUCUCGGUUUCAGGGUCCCAUUCUGCGGUGUACAAGGAUCCCAUGAUCCUCGUCGGACCAGAGAACCUGACUCUAACUGUACACCAAACUGCCGUCCUGGAAUGUAUGGCAACGGGGAACCCCAGGCCGAUCGUAUCCUGGAGCCGGCUCGAUGGGCGGCCGAUCGGAGUGGAGGGGAUUCAGGUCCUCGGGACGGGCAACCUGAUGAUUUCUGACCUCACUGUGCAGCAUUCUGGGAUAUACGUGUGUGCAGCCAACAAGCCCGGCACGAGAGUGAGGAGGACAGCCCAGGGACGGCUAGUGGUCCAAGCCCCCGCAGAAUUCGUCCAGCACCCUCAGUCUAUUUCCAGGCCCAUAGGGACCACCGCCAUCUUCACCUGCUUGGCCCAGGGGGAGCCAACACCGCAGAUCACAUGGCUGAAGAACGGGCAGAUUUUGGAACCGACGGAUCACAUUAAGCUGAAGAACAACAACAGCACGUUGACCAUCUACGGCAUCAGCCAGGGAGACGAGGCCAUCUACCAGUGUAUCGCCGAGAACAGCGCCGGCUCCACGCAAGCCAGCGCCCGGCUGACGGUACUUUGGGCUGAUGGGCUGCCCAGCCCACCCCAGAAAGUGAAAGCCACGAUCGUCUCAGCGACGACCAUCCAAGUGUCGUGGAGCGAGCCGCUGCAGAACACCAAGGAGAUCAUUGGCUAUGUCCUGCACAUAAGGAGAGCAACAGACCCCGUGAAGAUGGAGUACCAAGAGGCCGUCAGCAAAAACACUUUCCAGCAUCUCGUGACAGAUCUCGAACCCUCGACGAGCUACAGCUUCUACAUCAAAGCGUACACCUCUCGGGGCGCGAGCAAGGCCUCUGACAUCAUGGUGGUGAGCACGCUGGGGGAAGUGCCGGCUGUCCCAUCCCUCUUCAUCAAAGUUCUCAACAGCACCACUGUCCAGGCCAUGUGGGAGCCCUCCAUUAAACUGGGCCAGCAUGAAGGCUUCAGGCUGUACUACCGCAGGGUUCACCUCUCCCAUUUCACUGGCCCGAUCCUGCUGCCCAGUAACACCACAUCUUACAACAUCUCUCAUCUGGACCCAUCGGUAGUGUACGAAGUCAAGCUUCUUGCCUACAACCAGCACGGGGACGGGAACGCUACCAUCCGCUUUGUGUCACUGCGAGAGUCCGUCGAAAGGACAGGUCUGAACCCGCCGUGCGACUGCAUGAAAGACGAACAAGCCAACAAGACCUCGGCGACAGGGAUCAUCAUUGGGAUCCAUAUCGGAGUCACCUGCAUCAUCUUCUGCGUGCUCUUCCUUAUGUUUGGGUACAGGGGACGGCUGCUGAUGUGUAAGAAUGUCCAGGAGCAGUUGUCCACUCCACAGGUCCCACGAAGCCAGAGGAACGCUGCCGGGUUGGCCUCGAACGGAUCAGCCCGGAGGGACAGGGAGGAUCCAGACACCAAUGGGAAGCAGCUGGAUAUGAAUGAACUGGAAAGGCUGUUUCCGGCAUUGUCUUCCCUGCCCGAGCAUCACAACAAAGGGAUUGCGCUCGAUCCUCUUCCUCCUACCUCACACAACGAAACCCAGAUCUCCACGCUUCUGCCAGAUGAAUUCAACAUCGUAGAAGAGCAGAGCGACCCCGGGUUCCAAAACCUGCCCUCUGGCUCCCACAGCAGGUCUCUGAUCGGCGUCAGCCAGGAAGAUCCCGUUUUGAAGCCCGCUCCAACCAAUGAAGGAUAA